AUGUCGAAUAAAAAUGUUCUUGGCAUCGAAUGGAUCAACUUUUUCUCGGCGACCCCGGAUAUGAAAAGAACGUAUUUGGGAUUGGUUGCCCAUUUCUUCUUGGCCUAUCCGCUUGGAAAUUUGAUUGUGAUUUUUCCACUACUUUUGGUGAGUUUUCUAGUGAGAAUGCAUACCUACGGGAUUUUAUAGAGGUUAAUUUGGGUUUUGAAAUAAAAAUUAAUUUUUUAAAGUGGUACUCUUAGCAUCAUAGUUUUGCAGCUCUCAACUUUCAACUGGCUCAUUAUACUUGCUUAUAUCGCUUGGUACUUCUAUGAUCGAAAAUCGUCAAUUCAAGGUGGUUAUAAAAUAGAAUGGGCAAGAAGGUGGGUACAUAGAACGAUCUCUUAUCUUAAUACUUCUUUUUCCGCAUUUGAAAUAUUACGAUUUUCCUGUUUUUUUCAUUAGAUUCGUGAUGAAAAAUAAAAAAAAAUAAAAAAAUGAAAGUUUAUUUUUUGAAAAUUUGGAAACGCGCGUGUUUUUCGCUGUGAGACCAAUUUUUUCACUUCAAGAUACACAAGAUUAAAUUAUGUGCCUUGAAAGUAGUACUGUUGAAAAAUAAAAAUCUUUUUCUUUUCAUUUUUUUUCUCAACAGUUUCAUCGCGAUUUCUCCUAGAAACCUCUAAUUUUUGUAUCCUAGAAACCUCUUUUUGCAGAUGGAAAGUGAAUCAAUGGUUUGCCGAUUAUUUCCCUGCUCGAAUUCACAAAACUGCCGAACUUUCACCAGAAAACAACUAUAUUUUGGCUUGUCAUCCCCAUGGAAUCAUCUCCUUUGGAAUUUGGGCUAACUUCGCUACAAAUGGUUCAGGAGUUUAUGAUAUUUUUCCCAAGAUCAAAUUCAAUCUCUGCACUUUGGCAAUGAAUUUCAAAAUUGCAAUUCGUCGAGAAGUGUUGCUUCUUUUCGGAUGCAUUGAUUGCUCGCGCGAAUCAAUCGAAUAUGUUUUGGAUAAAUGUGGAGAAAAAGGCAGAGCUCUUGCUUUGGUUAUUGGUGGAGCUGCAGAAGCUCUUGAUGCUCAUCCUGGGACACAUAUUUUAACCUUGAAAACUCGAAAAGGAUUUGUUCGCGAAGCAUUGCUCACUGGUUCCCAUCUUGUUCCAGUUUAUUCAUUUGGCGAAAACGAUGUGUUCUAUCAAAUGAGCAAUCCAGUUGGCUCAAAACUUCGAACAUUCCAAGAAUACGCGAGAAAAGUUAUGGGGAUGUCUUUGCCAAUUAUCAAUGGCCGCGGAUUUUUGCAACUUUCUUAUGGAUAUUUGCCUCUUCGAAGACCCAUAAAUACAGUUGUCGGUGCUCCUAUUGAAGUUGCUAAAGUCGAAAAUCCAACAAAACAAGAAAUUGACGAAUUACAUGAAAAAUAUUUGGAAAAAUUGGUUGAAUUAUUCGAUGCUCACAAGGAAAAAUAUGGAGUUGACAAGGACACUCGACUUAUUAUCAAGUAA